AAGAAAUAACAUUCGUUUCGUAACCUUUACGUAAUGAGCAUAUAUUUUAUGUAACAGAUUUAAAAUGUUAUUACGGAGCCUUAUGUGUGAUAGGAAAUCCUUUUACGUAAUGAAUAUUAACCUAGCGUUACAGAAAAUCUUUUAGUUUCAUUGUUACGUAAGACUAAGAAGCAUUACGUAAUUGUUACAUAAUAAACAUUAUAUUUACAUAAUGUGACUUGUAAAACUUACUAUAGCAGGUCUAAAAAUUUAAGUUAUAAUAACUCCAAAGCAUGGUAGGAGGUCCAUAAACAUGUUAUUUAAUAUAAAAUUAGAAAUUGUAUACUUAUUAAAGAUUAGCAAUCACAAUUAUCAAACAAUAAAUAUUUGAUAUUAAAAAUCAGGGGAUUUAUAUGGGGGAGUUUGGAGCAUGGGAGGAAAGUACACUUGGUGGAUUGGGACUUGGGACACUAUGUGCAAGGCGAAAGAUGAAGGGGGUUUGGGGCUGCGUACUGCCACCCGAAUGAAUGAAGCAUUUAUGUUGAAGAUUUCCUAGAGGUUGUUCACCGAACCGAAUGCUUUAUGGGCGCUAGUAAAAUGGGCGAAAUUCCUGAGCAAGUCAGAUGAUGGAUGGAUGCCAAGAACAUCAUGCAGAAUCUCUAAUCUAUGGAGGGGUAUCCUACGGAUUCUUCAUCUUCUUCAGCGCGGGACUAUGUGGAAUAUCAGGAACGGGUUACAGACUAACUUCUGGACGGACGUUUGGUUGCAAGACGCCCGACGUUGGCUGAAUUUGCAGUUAACCUCCCGGAGGAGGCGAGGAACUUGAAAGUGGCAGAUAUGGUACAUAAUAGGAUCUGGAAUGUGGGCUACAUUAGAGUGUUCCUACUAGAGGAAAUAAUUCCGCAGCUGCAGCUCCAACUAGUGUUGCAUGAAGCGGAGCCUCAUGUCCCCUGUUGGCGCCUCUCUCCAUCAGGAUCCUUUACAUUGAGCUUGGCAUACAAGCUGAGUGAGGAUGGAGGAGAGGCAAAUGCGAGAAGCCCGGUUUGGAAGGUAGUGUGGGGCAUCCAAGGGUUGCAGCGAACGCGAGCAUUCUUUUGGCUAGGGCUUCACGACCGGCUACUCACGAAUGCAGAGAGAUGUCAACCCCAUCUUGCCCAGGCCCAGACGUGCCUGAUUUGUGGGGGAGGACUGAAAACUACUAUACAUGUUCUCAGAGAUUGUUCGUAUGCUUGAGCAGUAUGGGCGGAGGUGUUAGAGGAUGAGCCGAACAAGACAUUUUAUGAGACGGACGUGACCCGAUGGAUACACCAUUAUCUGGUUGGCCGAAGCAGGGUAGUGGACUCUUCAUUAUUUGUUGUUUUCUGUCGGUAUUUGUGGAAGAACAGGAAUGUUUGGAUAUUCAAAAGUAAGCUAGCGCCCCCGUCGAUGGUGGUUAAGCAAAUUCGAAAUAUGUGGAAUCAGAUUGAGAUGCCCUUUGUGAAGGAGGGGGCGGUCCUAGGAGGAGAGUCGAGGAGAGUCAGACACCUUGUAAGUUGGCAGAGACCGUCGGCACGUUGGGUGAGCUUAAAUACAGAUGGUUCAGUGAUCAGAGCUUCUGGUGUUGCUGCGCCGGGCGGUGUGAUACGAGAUAGCGACGAUCGAUUUAUACAGGCCUUUGCGGCCAAUCUUGGAGGAGGCUCCAUAACCCAAGCCGAGCUUGCAGGGAUUGCUUAUGGUCUACGUAUAAUGUGGGAUGCAGGUUGUCAGAAGGUGGUGGUGCAAAGUGAUUAUGUAACGGAGGUAAACCUCAUUCUGUCAGCGCCGGCACAUCACCCACAUUUCACUAUGGUGUCCUCAAUUCGCAACUGGAUAGGGAGAGAUUAGGAAGUUCAGGUUACACAUGACUUUCGUGAGAGCAACUUUGUUGCAGACCACUUGGCGUCGGUUGGUCAAUCUGUGCCUUAUGGGGUGUCCAUUUUUGAUAACCCAGACCUGAUGUAGCGCUAUUGGUUGUACUUUGAUACUAUUGUAGUUCAUACUUCGCGUCUGAUUAAUGCUUAAGGGUUAGAGCACCCCGCUGCGCUCUGUUUCUCACCAAAAAAAAAAUAAACAUUUUAAAAUCUUCUUACAACAAUCCAAAGAGCUAGUAGAUAUUUUAGAUUUUUGACAAUCUAUCGAUUUAAAGUUUUAAACUCAUCUUCUCUAAACGAUCCGUACAAUGCGAUUGCAGUCCCUGAAAGUAAAUUGUUGCUGAUAUAACCCUCCAAAUUUAAACAUUUUACUAGGAAUGCGUUAGGUUGGCAACUAAAAUUUUAGUAGCCACCGUGGCUACAAUAGUAUUUGCCGUUCAUUUUUAAUUUUUUCCUCGUUUUUUAAUCUCACGGUUAAGAUUGCUCCAGGUUAAUUUUGGAAACAAAAAAGAAACCACACUCGAUUAUUCUAUAUAAUCUACCAAAUCCUAAUUCUAUCCUCCCCAUUCCCCUCCCUCCAGCCAAACAUGUCGCAGCCACACGCUCCGCUGACCGCCUCCGUCACUCACGGAGCACUAGUCCCGUCGGCCGCCUCCACCAGCCCCGACGCACCUUCUAGCCCCGGAACACCAAUCUCGACGUCCCAUAAAUCCGACCAUCCGCUGUCGCCCAACCGCAAAACAGGCGGCUCCCUCAAUCCCGAAUCGAAAGCACGCGGAAGAGAGAAAAUCAAUUCAUAUCAUCGUCAUGUCUCGAGUAGAGAGAGAUAGAGAGGGACAGAGAUAGAGCGCGCCAUGGAUUAUAUAUAUACGUACAUGGAAGGUGACAAGAGCGAGAAGCAUAGCAGAGGCGGAAGGCAAAACCAAAAAGCAAAGAAAUUUAUCUUUGUAUGCAAUGGUAGUGAUCGACCAUUUUUGUAGUUAUCUGCACACAUUGGCAGUGAUCUUUCAAUGGUAGUGAUCUUUUGUGGAUUGAUAUGUUAUUUGAUAUUGCAAUGGUAGUGAUCAAGAUGAGUUGCAUUGUUUUUUUAUCUUGCAAUUGUAUGUGUGUACGAUUUUGUUAAGACUGACAUGCAUUGGUAGUGAUCUACCGAAUGAAAUGGUAGUGUUCAUUGUUUAUAUGUGCAAUGGUAUUGUUCGAUUUAAUUUUAUGCAAUGGUAUUUGUUGCAGUUCUUCAUUGGAGGGAACUAGAAGUGUGUAAGUUGUUUAAUUCUGUUUUAUUGCAUCUGGGUUUUCUUGCUGAACCUAUUGAUUAUAUUGAUAAGAUAAUUGUGUUGUGAUUUGGGAGGAAGAAGAUUGAUUGAGGAUUUGAUGUGAAGAGAGUAGAAGGAUUGGUUUGUAUUUAUUGAAAUGGUAGUGAUUUUUUCGUAGUGGUAGUUUUUUGGCAAUUGGUAUUGUUUUUUCUGCAUUGGUAUCGAUUCUCCUGUUAUGAUAUUGAUUUGCAUGUAUUGGUAUUGAUUAAAUCUGCAAUGAUAUUGGUGUUUUGUGAAAUGAUAAUGUUUUUAUUUCUCGAAUGUUAUUGGUGUUUUGUGCAAUGGUAGUGUUUUUCUAAUGGAUUGGUAUUGAUUUAUUGUUUGUUGUUGCGGCGGUAUUAGUUCGGCCGAACACCGUAUGACCACACCAAGACCUAUCAAACCAAACAAAUAUACCGAUAAAGAUAUGUAUCAAUACCAAAACAAUAAUAAAUCAUACUCGCCUAUGAAGUCUGAUGAAGGCCGACAUCAACAAUAUGUCUACCAACACAUAACUACGUACAAUAAUACUAUUAAAACACA